UGUGCCUGUAGCAUCUCCUACCAGACCCGAUACUUAACCAUUCAUAUGGGGGCCCACUACCAUGAUGGAGCUCGCUGUUGGAUAAGUCCGCGGACCGAACAGGUCUACCACCGCUGGCCAGACAAACAAACCGUCGCUCAGUUCACGGGUGGAAAUUCCGCGUGUUGGACCACCUCAGUCAGUCACUCGGUUCGAAUCUACAGCGACGAAUAUAUGCGCAUCAUUGGUUUGCGCGAUUAUUGUGUGUCUUCUCCAGUUCCUCCGAUAGCUAAUCCACCUACGGGAACCAUGCGUAUCCACGAGCGAUGACCUCGCGCUCGCGAUCGUGCUAAUUGAAUUUAAAUUCGUCAAGACCUCGUGCAUAAAACGGGCGACUUUGAGCGAUUAUCCGUGUCCUGCUGGUGGUGGUGGUGGUGGAGUGUAGUGGGGCUACGCCAAAUCAGACGGCAUCGCGGCACGUGCCGAGGAACAUGGCAAAAGUGUCCCACUUCCACCGAUGGAACGGUUCCAUGUGAAAGAAAGUGCUGCACUGUAUGUGCUGAAUAGUUUGUGACUUGCUUUUGAUGGGGACAAUACACUACUCUGACGUCCCUUUAGUGUUCUUCGAGCGAAGCGAGUGAUAGUUUCCUGUAGUGUAGAUUUGUGAUUCGCGAAUAUCGAGGAGAGAGUGUCGAUUCCGCGAUACCACAGUACCCGGUGAUACGAUACAAAGAUCAGCUUUUCAUUAAUCCCCCCGCUGAUCGGUGAGACGGAACGAUGAAAUUGUUACUGAAAAUACACAACAAAGAACGCAAUCUGGCCACGUCGGCCUCCUCAACGACAGUGAAUCUGUUCCAGCGGAAGCGUAAAUAUUACCACCGUAGGAUCUCGAAAACCGCUUCCUGUCCCGAGCCUGUCCUGUCCACGGCGAGUUCUAGCCCUGCCCAACAAGCUAGCCAACCACUAUCCUCUAUUGCGUCCUCGUCGCCAUCGUCAUCGUCGUCAUCAUCAGCGACGGUAGCAGCCGCACAAUCCGCUAGUAUCGCAUCAUUCCGUGGUUGCUCCAGCUUCGAAGCGGAAGUGACGAAUUACGAAUACGGUGCGUCAUCCGCCCUCAUUUACGACGGCACCGGAGGCAGUUAUCUGGACGCAGCACCCUGUUCUACCACUGCGGAGCGGUGGCCACUGUUGCAUCGUAACUCGCCACUGCGGUCAUCGUCACGCAGCUACCCUGGCAGUGUCCGAUCUGGGCGCAACAACCAGAACCGAGGUUUACCGUCAUCGGGACCAUCAACGCUGCGCCAGGAACGCUACUUCAUUUACGGUGCUCUGAUAUUCUUCGCCAUCGUUGGAUUCUCGUCCGCGAUCUACUUCAUCGUCAACCAGGCCCGGAAUCCGAGUGAACUCAAACCACCGCAGGACAUUAUCUUUGGACCUAACUACGAUCCCCGAACGAUACCGACCCUCGGCAAUAGCCACAUGAUCAUAGACCGUAGCAACUGGGGCUCGCAGGAAAACGUCAAGGCACCGCUCCAGCUGGAGCGUCCGGUUUCAUACGUUAUCAUAACACAUGUUGGCUUAGCUUCCAAGCCCUGUACCGAUGUGUACCAAUGUUCAAACAAGAUGCGAGUUCUUCAGGAUGCUGCUAUCGGUGAACGGCAUUUGCCCGAUCUGCCAAGUAAUUUUUAUAUCGGUGCAGACGGAAAUGUCUACGUUGGGCGUGGCUGGAGCAUAGCGAACUCGUACCACAAUCGAACGGUAUCAGUUUGCUUUCUAGGAGACUAUAAUCGCUACGAACCGGCUGAUGAACAGAUCUCUGCCCUGCAACACCUUCUCACUUACGGUGUGGUACAGGAUGUACUGGACAAGAGCUACAAGAUCGUUGGUCGAAGACAGACAAAACAAACAACCAGCCCUGGAGACAAAUUGUACCCUAAAAUCAUGCAGCUUGCAAGGUGGAAUCCAUGCGGCACAGAAGGUUACAAGCACUGUGGAGCAGAACUCGGUUAUCCGACGCUAUGGGAUGAGGAAGCGAUCCAUAAUGAGCAUGGAUCCAACAACCAAAAUAAUCUGGAGUUACCUAACGGCGCUAGUAGCAGCCCCUGUGAACGAUGCAUCUUGUAUAAUGUUAUAGUGCUGCUUAUCAUCUUUGGUUUGUCCAUUCUGUUUUAUGUCAUCUACUCCUCAACACCAUCCGACAGUGAACGGCAACCAAGUAAUAUUUUGUUCGGAAACAAUUAUUUUUCAAACUCCAUACCAAAUUUAGGUAACGGACACAUGUUGAUGGGACGCAAAAACUGGGGAGCACAGCAGGGUGUGCAGGGUCCGUUUAAGCUGGAACCGCCAAUUCCUUACGUACUGAUCACGCAUAUCGGAGUGCAUUCGAAGAACUGCACAAAUGUCCACACUUGCUCCAUCAUGAUGAGAACGCUACAAGAUGCUGCCAUAGCCGAGAAGUAUCUGUCUGAUAUUCAAAGUAACUUCUAUCUCGGAGGUGAUGGUAAUGUGUACGUUGGUCGCGGCUGGGAUAGAGCGAAUGCGUACGCCAACAAAUCGGUGGCCGUUUGUUUUAUGGGCGAUUAUGGUCGCUACGAACCCAAUGAGCUUCAGUUCUCAGCCCUCGAUCAUCUGCUAACUUAUGGUGAAACGCACGAUCUGUUGGCCAAGGACUAUCGGAUUGUUGCCCACAGACAGACGAAACGCACUCGCAGUCCGGGCAUCAAACUGUACGAAAAAGUGAUCCAGCUUCCACGAUGGAACCCAUGCGGAACCCCAGGUUACGAACUAUGCGGAACUGAAGUUGGUCUACCAACCGUGUGGGAUCAAGAAAACAAUAAACCUUUAGAUACCUCGAGCAUCGACAACAGUACUUCCACGGAAGCAAUGACUGUAACUGUAGCAUCCAACAAAGAGUGAAUAAGAAAUCGAUUAAACUGAACUUUCUAAUUAUUAUUCCUAGUAAAUGUACAGUUUUUCCCCUCGCUUUAAGUUUAAUA